AUGCCCGCUCCAAAGACCAUCUACAUUGCCGGCCCCGCUGUGUUCCACCCCGACAACGGCGAGGCGUACUACAACAAUGUACGUGCACUGAUGAAGGGGAAGGAUGUGGUACCACUCAUUCCAACGGACAACAUCGCCACCGGCGCAGUGAACAUCCGCAACAAGAACAUUGACAUGAUCCGGGCGUGCGACGCCAUCAUCGCCGACCUCUCCCCGUUCCGCUCCAAGGAGCCCGACUGCGGAACCGCCUUCGAGCUCGGCUACGCGGCGGCGCUCGGGAAGGUCCUGCUGACUUUUUCCACUGACACGCGGCCCAUGGUGGAAAAAUACGGUAGUGAGAUGGCAGAUGGCCUUUCCGUCGAGAACUUUGGACUGCCGUUCAACCUAAUGCUGCACGACGGAACGGACGUGUUCGAUUCCUUUGAGGCCGCCUUUGCCUAUUUCGUUGAGCACCACCUUACCCCGUAA